GAAAACGCAAUGCUCAGCAGAGAAAGUUAUACAGUGUGCACUGAGGGGCACAAACUUGUAACGUGUCAAUAUUUUGUAUCCCAUUUUGAAUUGACCAAUCAUAAGUGCAUGCUUAUGUGCCUGCGUCCACCGGGCUACUAGCAUAGAAGUGCAUCGGUCCUGUCGAGCGCAACCACCCCCAGCGGCCGUCGAGCCCAAUUUUGAGAGCCUAUAUCAAAUAACAGGCACGCUUGAAAUCCAAGGAACUAGCCACUUUACUCGAUUUAUCAUGGGCUUGUAGCGCGAAACGCUUCGUUGCACACAGUUGACUAGCGCAAGCGGCAGUCUCCAAGUCGCGCUAGUCGCCACGCUGGGCGAUGGCUUAAUGGUUUUAACCUGCAUGGCUAUGAUAUAAGCUGUGGGUGCAGCCACGGGCUCAAUCGGCGUCUUCGGCUCACUGGCGCGGUCGACUACUGCCCAUUGGGCACGUUGACUGGCCGCCUGCAGCUGCGAGAGCAACUCGGGAGCUUCCUGGAGAGCAUCAAGCGCUAGUCUAAGCGCAGAAAGGAAGGCCAGGGCGGGAGGGUAGCGCGCACGGCGAGCCCGGCGUCAUGGACGACGUCGCGGCUGGCCGGACAGCGGGAAGGUCUGCGGACGCUGAUGAGCAGAAGCCGACGUUGGGCACAGCGGGAAUAGGGCCUGCCGUGCGAGGAGUCAGCGGCCCUGGCAUGAACCCGAUGGAGACCGGCAUGCUUCGCCGCCCAUCGGAAGUCGCUGGGAGGGACCCCGGGCAGGCACGGCGGCCUUCAGAAGAUGACUCCUGGAACCCAGAAACGCUACGGACAGCGUCUCUGCUCAGCCAUGGACGGACGUAUGACAUGAGCAAGCGCGAGAGCUGUACGGACAGCUCAACGGGCGCCGAGUUUCUGCUGGCAGGAAGCUAUGGCUUGCCCCCGGGCGGGAGGCGGAUAACCAGCACAACUGCUUCACACGCAGCUGUCGGCGUGCCAGGUGGCAAUGCCGGCGGUGGGCAAAACUCAAUGUUAGGGCCUGGACAAUCCUUCGCCUCUGGUGGAGCUGGGCGCCUGGGCUCAUUCACCUCGGGAAGCUCGCAGCUGGGCCUCCGCCCGCCUCCCCUCAGCAUCCCUUCGCCGUCUGGCCUGGCAGGGCAGGUGCCACUGCUCUCGCACCAGCACCAGCAGCACUCCUCCCAAGGGCCCGCCGGCGAGGGCAUGCACAGCACUGCGCCAUCCACGCACCAGUCCGGCGCGCGGUCGCGGCAGCUCCACAGCUUCGGUGCGCCUUCAACCAGCGGCAUUCUCCCAGAGCGCUGGUCUGCUGGCGAAGGCGCAUCCGGCGCCGGCCGCGGCGACGCCCAGCCUCCACAGCCUGGCCAAAUGGGGUUGCCGCCCCUGCCGUCCAGGGCCAUGCGCGGCGGCCCCGGUCAUGCAGCCACAACCCUCUCCGGCGGUGUGGGCCAAUCCGCGGAGGCCGGGGAGCAGCGGCAUGGACUCACACCACAGCUGACGGGGCCUGGCCUUGGGCAAGGGGCGGGGGAAAUGCUUGGGAGCGCGGUGGUCACCACAGGCGCGCCAGGGCGCGCUCCCACGCCGCCGCAAGGCGGUGGGGGCCAGGCCGGCGCGGCUGCUGCUGGGGAAUUGCGCGAAGACCAGCUGCUCAGCACCACCAGGCUAGGUGCGCCGCAGCUCUUCGGUCCCGGCCAGGGCGAUAACGAGGCGCGCAUGCCACCCAUCAGCGCCAUGCUUGGCCUCCCCGGCGGCCCCGUCGCCGAUGACGACGACCGCCACGCUCCCGCGUCGGCCUUCCUCGAGUUUGCCAACGAGCCCGGCUUCGCCAGCGGGCCCAGCGGCCGUGGUGCAGGCGGCGCGCCGCCUUCUCCCACUCACCUUGUGAUGGCGGCAAUGCAGGCAGGGCAGCAGUUCCGCUCUGCCUCGCUGAGCAGUCUGUCCAUGCAGCAGAUGGCAGCAACCCCAGGCGCGGGUCAGCAUGGCGUCGCCGGGCUGCUGGGGCAGCGGCAAGGCACUGUGGAUGGGCCGCUUGGGAGGCCACAAAGCUUAAACCUGCCCGGCACUGGCGGUUAUGAGGCCGUUAACCUGCCUGGUCCCGGCUACGCCGCUGCCGCCGCGAUGGCGGCAGCCGGUGCAGGCGAUGGUGGUGGUUACGGCGGCCACGCGCUUGGCUCCCGUAGCUCGCCGCGGCAUGCGUCCCAGCAGUCACCGCGCCUCUUCCACCAGUUCCAGCAGUCUGGACAGAUGCCAUCGCAUUUCAUGCAGCAGCAACAACAACAACAGCAACAGCAGCAACAACAACAGCAGCAACAGCUACAAGCUCAGCAGCAGCUCAUGUACGGGCAGCAGCAACAGCAAGGCCUGGACUCGCCGCGCAUGCAGAUGGCACCUGGCCCUGCCAUGCAGGCCGGGCAGCAGCAAGUGCUGCAGCAGCAACAACAACAACACCAGGCGCCCUCCCCCUACGAUGACCGCCAAGGAGUCCGGCCAGCGUCGCCGUACGGUAUGGACCUCCAGCAGCAACAGCAGUUUCUUGCAUCACAGGCAGCCAUGCGUGAACUGGCGAUGGGCGCGAUGCGCAGCCAGCAGCUCAUACCAGGCCUCACGCGCAUUGCUUCCGGCGUGGGGGCCGGCAGUGGCGGCGGCGGUGCUGGCGGCGGUAGCUACAGGACAACCCUGGAUGGGCACUCCGGCCAGCCAGGGAUGCAUGCACAGCAACAGCAUCACGCUGCGUCCAUGGCGCAGCACCAGCAGCAGCAGCAGCAACAACAACACACAGGUAGCCUCGCCCAGGCGCAGUACCAGCAAGCUAUGCAGCGCGCCGGGUCACACCCGCACACGCUCCUCUCAGCACAGCACCAGCAACAACAACAGCACCAGCAGCACCAGCAGCACCAGCAACAACAGCAGCACCAGCAACAACAACAACAACAACAGCACCAGCAGCAGCAACUCCACCAGCAACAGCUGGCCCAGCGCCUUGACAUGCUGGAGCAGCAGCAGCUGGAGCAGCAGCGGGCCGCGUCCCUCAGCGGUGUCGGGCUGCUCUCGCAGGGCCGCGCGCACCCCAGCCCUUUCCACCUGCAAGUGAACACGGGCCUGUCUGGCAUGGACACGGCGGUCUACCAGUCAGCCGGCGCGCUGGACUCGCCCCUGGCACACCGCCAGCACUCGCUCCAGCUGCAGCAGCGGCAGCAGUCCGACAUGUACUCCCAGCAGCAGAUGCUGGCACAGCAGGGAGAGGCGAGCGGGUUUGCCGGUCACCAGCGAGGCCCCAGCAGCCCCGGCGUCAACCCGUGGCUCUUCCAGCAACAGCAGCAGCAACAGCAGCAGCAACUGCAACAACAGCUCUCACAGCCGGAGCCUCUGGGUGGGGCGCUGGCGUCAGGUGUGGUUGGGGAUGUCGGGCUGGGCGGCGAGCGAGACGCUGCAGCUGCAGCUCAGGCGCGCGCAUCUCGACAGCUGAAGCGGCGCCGCACCUCGCCUCAUCCCAGCAUCGCGCGUUCGGCAAGUGGUGGCGGCGUCAGCGGCUUGGAGCAGGGCGGCGGCGUGCAGGUCCCGAGCUCCGGGCCCGCUCCCAGCAGCCAGCCCUCCGGUCUUCGCGCCCUUGUCCGCGACUCUGGCAGUGUCCGUCGUCGCCAAAACAGCGCAAGCGGAGGCACCGGGUCAGGCCCAACCGCCAGCGCGGGUGCGGGGCAGGCGACAGCGAGCGCAGGCGGUGGACUGACCCUGGCGGACGCCGCCGGCAGUGGGCAGCUUGGCUCGGGCGCGCCUGCGGCCACCACGGUCCCGACACGCGCGCUGUACAUGAGCGACGAUGAGGAUGCGGAGUUCCUUAGCCAGGGCGAGUCCCAGGAGGAGAGCUCAAGCCAGGGCACACCCGGCGAGGAGCGCGAGGGAGGUCGGACGCGCCGGGGAGGCGGGCGCCAAGGUGGGACGGCCAGCGGCCGAGGGGGAGGCGGCAGCCUACUCAUGCCGCUUGGUGAUGUGUCCGACGGCGGCUUCACUGGCGGCGGCGGCAGCAUGGUGGAGAUCGAUCCCGUCACAGGCCAGAUGCGACGGCGGGCGCUGACGCAGGAGGAGCGCAUGCUGCGCAACCGCGAGGCCGCCGCGAAGAGCCGCGCGCGGCGCCACCAGUACCAGCAGAGCCUUGAGCAGCACAUCCUGGCGCUGCAGACCCACAGUGCCGCCCUGCGCCGCCUGCUGGAGCAGAACGGCAUCUCCCUACCCGCACCGCUGCGUGAGCAGCAGGCAGCGCUGGGCGACGGCCUGCCGCCGCCGCCGCGCCGCAACAGCCCGCCGCGCAGCCGCAAGGGCAUCGGCGGUCGGCCGCGCAAAUACCCGCUCAAUCCCGACGGCAGCAAGCCCACCCGCUCGCGCCGCCGCACGUCCACAGGCACGGCGCUGACGACUGCAGGCUGGGAGGGCGGCGCGGCGGAGCAGGCUGAGGGCGGGGAGGAGGCGGCCGGCGGUGGCGUCUCGGAGGGCGCAGGCGGCACCGCAGGGGGCAGUGGCGGCGGGGCGCGUGGUGGACGUGGGGCUGGGCGCGGCCGUCGAGGCGCCGGCAGCCGCGGCGGCAAGAGCGCGGCUCGAGGCGGUCGCGGCCGGGGCCGCUCCAGUGGCGGAACCCGCCGGGAUGAGGAGGAAGGCGACGACGGCGAGGAGGGGCACGGCGGCAGCGGCCAGGAGGAGGAGCUGCCGGGCGCGCGCGGCGCUGCCAGCGGCUUGCUCGGGCAGUCAUCAGACCCGCCAAACACAUCGGGCACAGGCGCCGGCGGCUCUGUGGUCAUUGCCGGCGCGGUGCAGGAGCCUCGGCUCUCCGUCUCGGCCCUCACAGGGCUGGCCAAGACGCAGGUUCAGGCUGGGGCAGCGCGUGGCGGCGGCAUCGCGCCUGCAUGGAGCCAGCCACAGCCGCUGGGUGCGGAUGGCGCUGCAGGAGGGUCGGGGCUGGCGGGUGCCAGUCUGUCUGCCCCGCUGCCGGGCGCGGGAGGCGGCUUGCUGGCGCCUGGGGGUGGUGGUCAGCAGGGCGUGCACGGCGGCGCUGGUGGGGCGGAAGCGGCGGAGGGCGCUGCGGCGGGACAGCAGCACCAGGACCACUUCGACAUGUUAGCCAUAGGCAGUUACAGCGACCUAAUGACUACUCUGUUCAGCGAAGGCCAGUGAGGCACGCGGUCGUUACCUUGGCGUACGGGUUGGGAGUAUUUCAGCAAGAAUUCUUUAGCACCACCAAACUCCGCCAGCUUUCUUCCUUUGACGCGUGGGACGAUUGAUGUCUGACCUACUUUGAGUAGGAUAGGAGGUGGAUGUAGUGCUCUGCUAGCUUUGACCUAACCAGCUGCCAUGUCUGCCAGCGUUAGGCAUCUAGUGAUCAGGGCCGUUCGGAGUAUGGCACAGAGCCCAUGCAUAUAAUUGGUUUGAGUUGGCGAGCCAUGCGAACCUAUGCGUCGUCUUCUCCUGUGCAGACAGAAUAGAUGCCCUUUUACCUAGGUUUACCCACACGCCAUGAUAGCCUGCGGCAAUUGUAACCGCUUUUGAUGUUGGUGGUGGGUGGUAGUGACAUGACCGGGCAUGAUAGCCGCUGGCCGCUGGCGUGACGGAGGAUUGGGGAUUUGGGGCCGGGUAUAGUUUGUGCAUUGCACUGUACUGUCCCGACCAUUGCGGCUGCAAUGGCAGGUCUGUCGUGUAAUUAUUGUCAUUCAACCAGUAGACUAGGUGUGUACGGUGUGCGGCGGCAUAGCGGCAAUGGACUGGUGCCGCCUUUUGAUUGACAACCGGGAGGGCAUGACCGGGAUGCGGGCUUACGUAACUAGCCGAGCGCACGAGCUUGCAUAACUGGGGCACGCAUGGCACACCUGCCUCUGUGAUAUGCGGCAGUGGGAGCUGGUAGGAGUUGGCCGUCGCACAGCAUGAAGCGGGAGUUGCCACGGCCUUGAACGGAAAGCCGUAUGUCGACUACCUAAUCGGCUAACAUCGCUAAUCGGCCCUUGCCGAUGCUUCAGCGGGCUGUGUACGUGAAGACUCUAGUUGACAGUAGCGCUUUGCUGCUUAGUUCUUUCACCAUGGACCCAGGGAAUGUAUUUGUGGAGCAGGACAGGGAUCCCAGGGAGCGGCGCGUGUGUUGGCCGCAGGUAGUGUGGAAGUAGUCGUGUGGGUAGGCAGGGGUAGGCAGGGUAGGAGAAGAUGAAAAGGCCGCGGUGCAUGUUGGCAGUGCUAGGUGUGCGCAUACAUUGCGCCACAGGGCCCGUACGGCCACAGCGUGUUUCGUUCCUUUUUGCGGUGAGGUGAGACGUGUUGUACAAUCUUGCGCGGAGGAGCGGAUGGUGUGAUGAGAACUACGGCAGUGGUGGCAGUUGGUGAGUUGGCGAUGAUGAUUGCAGAGCUUGGGAGACGGGGCGGGGGCGGGGGUCGAGAGCGGGGCAAAACCCCAAACCUAUGAGACCCGUGGGUCCAGCACAGAUUGGGUUGUAAAACGUUAAGACA